UAUGGGUUCAAGCAUUUAAAAAUAUUACGCAGAUCUCUCUCUCUCUCUCUCUCUCUCUCUCAAUCGUCAACGCUUUUUAUGAAAAUUAUACAAAAAAAUCCAUUAUUGUAGAUACAACUAGGAUUAGGUAAUAAUAGGUAUGAAAUUUCAAUUCUCUAACUAAUCUUUUCAAUUUUUUAAGCAGAUUCGUAGAUAUUACUGAGCCAAACCAGGUACUGGGUCUGAUUUCAUUUCCCACUUGAUCUUAUCAUUUGACUCUUAUCAGGUAUCUCUCUCUCUGUCUCUCAGUAUGUAUAUAUGUGUGUAUUGAUUCCUUUGGACUUUUCUGUACUGACAAAAAAAUAUGUCAAAGUAAGCAAAUAAUAUUUAUAACACUUCUCACAGGCAUUUUUGUACAUUUUGUACUUGGAAGUGUUUUUCAGAAAAUUUUCUGUGAAUCAAUACUUUUGUAGUAGACAUGUGGAAAAUAGUUUCGGGGAUUGUUUUGUUCCUCUUUUCUUUGUUGGGUUUGUUGUCACAUUUCAAAACCAACAAUUUUUCUGGGUUUGGAACUAGUUUGAGCUCUACUACUCCUAAUUUGCUCUAUUCCAAUUUCCUAUCGCAUACCCAUCACUCGCCUCGUCGGCUUCGUUCGCUUCUUGACAGAGCAGUAGGUGGAGUUUGUGCAAGCACUACUACUGGGAUGGGUCAAGUUUCGAAUGAUUGCAUUCUGGUGAUAUUAUUAGAGCAAUUCACAUUUCCGGCAAAUUCAGCUCCUUUCAAUAGCUGUCAUGCUUCUACAAUUGUCGAGGUUGAAAAAGAUCAUUUCUUGGCGGCUUAUUUAAAAAGUUCAGCAGAGGGAGCUCCUGACGUGAAAAUUUGGUUACAGUCGUAUAAGGAUGGUUAUUGGAGCCCUCCCAUCAUUGCUGAUGAACAAACCAAUGUUUCGAUGUGGAACCCAGUUCUAUUUAAGCUUCCAUCCAAUGAGUUGCUUUUGUUCUAUAAAAUUGGCCAGGAGGUCCAAAAAUGGAGUGGAUGCAUGAAGCGGUCAUAUGAUAAUGGUAUAACUUGGACAGCAAGAGAGCAGCUUCCUCCCGGUAUUUUAGGACCAAUCAAGAAUAAGCCUAUCUUGCUGGAAAAUGGGAACUUGCUAUGUGGAUCAUCAGUUGAAAGUUGGAAUUCUUGGGGAGCAUGGGUCGAGAUGACUGAAGAUUGUGGUAGGUCGUGGAGAAAGUAUGGACCUAUAUAUAUUGAGAAUGAGACUCUCAGCGUGAUUCAGCCAGUUCCAUACCAGACUGCAUAUGGGACCUUGCGUGUUCUAUUGAGAUCUUUUAAUGGAAUUGAUAGAGUUUGUAUGUCUGAAUCCUAUGAUGGAGGCCACAGCUGGGGAUAUGCAAAACCUACUGAACUACCCAAUCCAAACUCAGGGAUUGAUGGGGUAAAGUUAACAGAUGGCCGUCUCCUACUUGCUUACAAUACAGUCUCCAGGGCCAUUCUCAAAGUAGCCCUCUCAUCAGAUGAUGGAAACUCAUGGCAUGAAGUGUUGACAUUGGAGGACACAACGGGAAUGGAAUUCUCUUAUCCAGCUGUUAUCCAGGCUAGUGAUGGACUAGUUCACAUCACUUACACAUAUAAUAGGACUCAGAUUAAGCAUGUUCUUCUUCAAACCACUUGAUGGUAUGACACAUGCUACUGAAGCUUUUAGAUCAAAGAAGGCUUUCAGUAAAUGGAGCUGACCUGGCAUGUACCUAUCAUGUCAUUUGUGUUCUUGGGAGAAUAUUGAUGGUUACUUCAACUGGUGCUGUCAUAAAACUACAAGCCCUUUUCAGAUGAGAGAAAGGAAGAGAAGUAUUGCCAACAAGAUGUGUUUCUAAAUCAUCUUUUGUUCAUUAACUUUAUUUGUUGUAUUUUUGCAAAUAUUGUUUUUUUAUUGAUUUGAAUGAAUUCUGAGAAUUUAUAUAUGUUCAAAAUUUUGUUCUUUAUUUGGUA